AUGAGUAAAAAUGAUGAAGCGUUUGAUUUUGAUGGAUUUAUAAAAAAACUUUGUUCUGUGAGUACAAAACUGAAGAAUUCAGAAUUACAUAAAUUCUAUUCGUCAAUAGAUCAUAUAGAAGUAAAAAAGGAUCUUACUUCUGAAAUAUGCACUAGAGAAAGCAGUGAAGAUUUAUCUAAUCUUUGUCACCAUGUUAAGAGUAUAAUUAAUCAGUGGAAAAAAUUUUGUUCAUACACAGAACAAAAGCAAGGUAAAUGUUGUGAUUACUUAAAUUAUUGGUUGUAUGGCAAGAUAGCCGAAAAGAAUCUAUCAUUUCCUGAUCUUGCUUGGAUUUACAAUGAAAUAAAUACAAUUUUAUAUAAAUAUCAUUCAAAAUCUAAGGAUGAAUAUUUAUGCAAAAAUAAAAUUAAAAUAAUCACGUCUAAGGAUGAAUUAAAAAAAAAAAAAGUGUUAUAUGAUUUUUUAGAAUAUUAUGAUAGUAUAAAAGGUGUAUUAUCAAAUAAUAAAGAAGUUAAAGAGCUAGUUUGUACAUAUGUAUCGUAUGUUCUUAGUUUAUAUAACAAAUUAGAGGAAGAUAGAAAAAGUGGAUUCUUACACAGAUAUAACAAUGAAUUAGAACAAUUUAGAAAAAUAUUUAAUGACGAAUAUAUUUUAUCUUUAUUAAAUGAAAAUUGUAAUAUUUCUGAAUCAUUUAUUAGAACUCUCAAAAGUGCUAAAAACCUAAAAUCAUUACACGGAAAUUAUGGAGAACAUAAUGCAAUACGAAAUAAAUUAUCAGAUUAUGUAGAAUAUAAGCCCGAAUUUAAAAAUGGAUAUGAGAGUGUCCUGAAAAUGUUGCCUUCUUCUGAAAUAUAUAAGCAGUUAAACAAUGAAGUUACAGAGGAAUUAGGCAAAAAUAUUCUUGAUAUUAAGGGCAAAAAUUAUGAUUACACUUAUUGCAAUAGUUUAAACGGCGAAAUGAGACCUAUUUGUAAAAAGCUUGUAAGGAAUUUACAUAAAUUACAAAACAUUGAUAAUCUGGACAAGGAAAAUCAUAGGGAUCGCUGUACAUAUUUAAAUUUUUGGAUGUAUGAUGAAUUCAGUAAGGUAUAUAAAAAUACAGAUGAAAAUAUUUUAGACGUCCCUGAUGUUGCUGAUCUUAUUGCUGCAAACAUAAAAAUUAAUAAUUAUUUAAUUAAAGAAGAUCUUAAUAAAAAUUAUCAUCUAAGAGUUCGGGAACCUCGCCCACGGAAAAAUGGACAAAUAACCAAUCAAACAGCAGGCAAUGUCCAUGUAACUCAAGUAUUAUCAGACAUAGAAGCACCUCAAGCAUUACCCGAAGAUAAAACACAUCCAGAAUUUAAGAGAAAUAAAGAUUCUCGAGAAAGCAUGCGACCGGGCCAUGCUAUGGAAGAAUUAGAUCCAGAGUUAACAACAUAUUAUUAUAAAAAGGAACAAGAAGAUUCCAAGCCAGUUAAUGUUGUUAGUUAUAAAGAAUUAACUGAAUAUGAACCAUGCUUUUUCAAUUAUAAUUGUAGGUUCAAAGAAUGUGCAGAGAUGAAACAUUUAUAUGAAUAUUUUAAAAAUCAUGAAGAAAUUAAAAACAAAAUUAAUUGUGAAAAUAUUCAAAAUAAUGAAUAUAUUUCAUAUCUUAAAUAUAUGAGUUUGUUGCAUAAAAAUCACAAAAAUGAAUGCUGUUCCUGGGGUGCAGAAUUAUGUCCCAGUUAUUUUUUACGUUGUGACGAGUCAUAUGAUCCACAAAAAUUUUUAUCUGCGCUAAAAUCAGGCGAUAAAAAUAAAUGUGAGGAAAUAAUGCAAUUAAUUAAACAUAACAAAUCUGAUGAUGUAUUUAAUGUUAAUCCAAAUUCAGAAGAAAAUAUGUUUAUUAAAUAUUUCACGUGUUCAGAAGUUACUAAUUCUAAUUUUGAAAAAAGUGGCUUAAGAUGCCAGCAGCCCUCGUACAGUUCACACUUAAAUAAUCAGCAUUAUCCCGUAAGACCUAUAAAUAAACGGCAAUCCAAUGAAGGACUAUACGGCAAAAAGAUAACAAUUAAUGGAAAAUCAAUAAAUGUAGUUCUAUUAACGGAUCCAUAUGCAAAAAUAACCGGGAAAAACCUUACAGACACAUCAACAGUUAAAAAUGGUUAUACGCUGUUUCCAGAAGUACAAGGACUAGCUCGUAAAAGCUACAUCAAAGAAGCAGAAACAGCCUGUGAAAAUGAAAGACCAAAAAAAGGAAUGGAAGAAUAUUGUAAAAGAUCGAAAACUUAUAACAACCAAACAAGAUCAGCGCAUUUUCAAUUUAAAAAUAUUAUACAAGGAAAUGGUGUAAAAAUCUUGGGAGAGAACACUAUUCCUAUUGAUAUUUCAUUUACAAAUUCAGUAUUACAAAAUUUUUUUUUUCGAAUCGGAGUAAUAAUCCUUAUAGCACUGGGUGCAAUUUUCGUAUUCAUCCUUUAUUAUAAGUUUACUCCAUUUGGAUCAUGGUUACGUUAUAGAAUAAAAGGUGGAAGAAGGAAAAAAAAGAAUAUUCAUUAUAGAGAACUUAGAGAAGAAUCAUCAAAUUACGUUAUAGACUAUAUGCGUGAACAUCCUCCAAAGAAAAGAAUAAAUAUAGUUUACCAGAAUUAG